AUUGAUGGCCAAGCUUAGAGCCACUCAAAAAUCUCCAACCUUUCUCAUUCUCUCUCUUCCUCUGUUUCAAAACUCAACAACGUACACAAGAAUGACUCCUCUCUUCUCCUUCUUCUCCCUGUCCAGUUCUUGCAGCCAAAGCCAAUCACACAAAAUCUCUUCCAUUUGAUUGGAACCGAAUCAAGAACCAAGACCCCAUUAAGGGCCAUGGCUUUCCUCCUGCCCAACCUCUCCCCUUCUCUCCUCCAACCCAAGUCCAAGGACAAGCCCUUCCACCCCAACCAACCCUUCUCUCCUUCUCAACACACCAAGCCCUUCUCUCUCUCUGCUUCCUCUCCCUCUCCCUCUUCUUCUGCGGUUUCUGUCAGCCCUGCCUUGAGCAGUGUCCAAACACCGACCGUGCAAGGCGUUGAAGUGGAUACCCCCGCGAUGAGAAGGAGAAUCAGGAAAGAUGACUUCUUCGUCAAUCUUGGGCUCGCCGUCAGGACUCUCCGUGAAGACAUGCCUCUGCUCUUCACCAAGGACCUCAAUUAUGACAUCUAUAGGGACGAUAUCACUUUUAUGGACCCUUUGAACACCUUUACUGGGAUUGAUAACUACAAAUUGAUUUUCUGGGCAUUGAGGUUUCAUGGAAAGAUUUUGUUUCGUGAUAUUUCCCUCGAGGUAUACAGAAUUUGGCAGCCUUCAGAGAAUAUGAUAUUGAUUAGGUGGAACCUAAAAGGGGUUCCUCGGGUUCCAUGGGAAGCAAAAGGGGAGUUUCAAGGGACGUCACGGUAUAAGUUGGAUAGGAAAGGCAAGAUCUAUGAGCACAAAGUGGACAAUCUAGCCUUCAAUUUCCCACAACCCCCUAAGCCUGCAGUUUCAGUUCUGGAUUUGGUCACUGCAUGCCCAGCUAGUCCAAAUCCAACAUUCUUGUGGGGUCCAGUUGAUGUGCAACCAUCAUCCUGGGUGGAAUUCUAUCGAGUUGUGAGGGAGACUUUGGACCUUCAAGAUCAUUUGCUUGCACAAGACGGUUUGCUACCUUGCUCAUAGUAGAAUGUGCAGCUCAUAGUCUUGUAAUCGAUAGGGCAUAUACUUGUGGAAUAGUGCAACGCAGCUUGUGUAGUAUAAUAAUUGAUGGCAAAUAAAGCUGGUUUUUGGUGAAUGAUGAUACGGUAUAUGUACAUAAGGAGGUAUGUUGAACAGUUCAAUGUAUACUCUUGAUUUUGGAGGA